AUGUCCACCACGCAAACCCAGCAGCAGAUCCGCGCCUCCGUCCUCCACGGCGCCAAAGACCUGCGCGUCGAAAACCGCGCGCUGCCCGCGCCGGCGCCGCACGAGCUGCAAGUCGCGGUGCGGGCGACGGGCCUUUGCGGCUCGGACCUGCACUACUACAACCACUACCGCAACGGCGACAUACAGUGCCGCGAGCCCAUGUCGCUGGGCCACGAGUCGGCGGGCGUCGUCGUGGGCGUGGGCGCCGAGGCAGGCGACUUCCGCGUCGGCGACAAGGUCGCGCUCGAGGUCGGCUUGCCCUGCGGCGACUGCGCCCGCUGCAAAGAGGGCCGCUACAAUAUCUGCAAGGGCAUGAAGUUUCGCAGCUCGGCCAAGGCGUUUCCCCAUGCCCAGGGCACGCUUCAGGACAGGAUUAACCACCCCGCUGCGUGGUGCCAUAAGCUUCCCGAGAACCUCUCACUCGACCUCGGUGCGCUGCUCGAGCCGCUCGGCGUCGCCAUCCACGCCACGCGCCGCGCACAGCUUCCCCCGCUCAGCACGGUGCUAGUCUUCGGCGCCGGCGCCGUAGGCCUGCUCGUGGCCGCCAUGGCGAAGAUCUCGGGCGCCGGCACAGUCGUCAUCGCAGACAUUGACUCGGGCCGCGUCAACUUCGCUGUGGAAAACGGCUUCGCGCACGCGGGCUUCACGGUGCCGCUGAAGCGAGGCAAGGACGUCGACGAGAACCUCGAGAUUGCGCGCGAGACGGCCGCAGCAGUUGGCGCGGUGAAGAAGAGCGCCGGCGAGCCCGUCGGCGAGGUCGAUGCCGUUUUCGAGUGCACUGGUGUGCCCUCGUGUGUGCAGGCCGCCAUCUAUGCAACCCGGCCCGGGGGCCGCGUCCUCCUCAUCGGCAUGGGCACGCCCAUCCAAACACUGCCCAUUUCGGCGGCUGCGCUGCGCGAAGUCGACCUAGUGGGCGUGUUCCGGUACGCCAACACGUACCCGACGGGCAUCGAGGUGGUGUCGAAGCCAGCGGGGCCCGACUACCCGAACUUCUCGAAGCUGGUGACGCACCGGUACAAGGGGCUCGACGCGAUCCCGCAGGCGUUUGAGAUGGCGGGCAAGACCAAGGACCCGGACGGCCGGCUCGUGCUCAAGGUCGUUGUCGAGAUGGAUGGCUCGCAGGUGUGA